AUGAUCAAUCUACAUUCAGAUUCCUAACAAACAAUUGAGUAACAAGACUAAGAAGUUUAUCACUUGAUUGAGAAAGAAAAGGAAUUGCAACAAAACAGUAUAAAUUUGAUUCCUAGUGAAAAUUAUGCCUCUAGAGCAGUAGCUGAAGCAUAGUCAUGUGUCUUUGGCUCGAGAUAUGCUCCUGGUAAUAUCUAUCUUAUUAUUAUAUACUAGGUCCUUAGGGAGGCAAAUAUGCACCCCAAGUAGAGAAUUACGAUGCAAUUGAAAAGCUGUGUCAAGAUAGAGCACUGGCAGCAUUUUCAUUGGAUCCUUAAGAAUGGGGAGUGAAUGUUUAGAUGGGAAGUGGAAUUACAGCUAAUUUAGCCAUAUUUUUAGGAUUAUUAGAACCGAAAGAUAGAAUUAUGAGUAUGGAAUUUUAAUAAGGUGGACACUUUUCCCAUGGUUACUAAGUUGGAGAAAAGAAGUUAUCUCCUGUCAACAGAAUCUUUGAAGUCCUCUUUUAUUAACUUAAUGAAGUAUAUUUAGAGAUUUACCUUUUAGGAAACAUAGGAAAUCGAUUACGAUAAGGUUGAAUUAUUGGCUAAGUCAUUUAAGCCAAAGCUAAUUGUCGCUGGUUGUUCAGCCUACAGUAGAUUAAUCAACUUUGAAAGAUUCAGAACCAUUUGUGAUUAAGUGGGGGCUCUUUUAUUAGCUGACAUAGCUCAUACGAGUGGUUUAAUGUCAGCAGGUGUUAUUCCUUCUCCAUUCCCUUUUGCAGACGUUGUAAUGAGUACUACUCACAAAUCGUACAAUUUAUUCUAUAUAAUAGUUUACGAGGACCAAGAGGAAGUUUAAUUUAUUAUAAAUUACAAUACAAAAAUAGAAUUGAUGAAUCAGUUGCCCCAGGAUUAGUAGCUGGUGCUCAUUUCCAUACAAUUACUGCCAUAGCUGUGGCAUUAAAAGAGGCUUAAUCAUCAUCCUUUAAACAACUCUAGUAGAAUGUUGUUGAAAAUAAUAAACAUUUUGCAGCUGAAUUCUAAAGAUUAGGAUUUGGUUUGAUUGGAGGGAAAACUGAAAAUCACUUAAUUUUGGUAGACUUGAGAAAUUUUAAUGUUGAUGCUAUUAAAAUGGAGUAUAUCUUAAGUUUGAUUAACAUACAAUGUAAUAAAAACUAUGUUCCGUUUGACACAGUUUCUUAUCAAAGGGCUUUGAGAAUAGGGUAGUUAUGAUAUUAAUAAAAGAUCAAUCCCAUUAACAGUCAGACAGGCUACUAAAGAGCAUUUCACAAGAUUAGCCGAAAUCAUAAAAUAAUCAGUUGAAUUGGUUUAAACUGUUACCAGUGACAUUAAGUAAUGGGCAACAGAAAAUUAGGAUAAAUUGAUGCCUUUGAAAUAAAAAGUUAUUUAAUUGGCUAAUGAGUUGCCAAUUCCUUGGAUGUGA